UAAUUGUCUUACAAAGUUUAAUUUUCUCUUCAUUAACUAUCCAAGUUUAGAACAAUUAGUUAAAUCAUCUAGCGAUUGGAAUAUUUAAUCGAAUCUGCAAAUUAAUCACUGAUUUUGGUGUUCCAACAAUUAACCAACUUAACGUUUUCCUAUUUUUGUUUUCUCGAUCGGAUUUAAUUUGAUUGUUUCAUUUGUGGUUUAAUUUUAGAUUGUUUUUAUAUUUAUUUUCAUAGAUGACCUUGUCUAUUUUUGGCCUACUAAUUGGCGAUGAUUAUGGUUCCGUAAUUAACUGUUUUGAAAGAAAAACAAAUUUUCCGUUGGUUAAAAAUGAGACAGAACUGGUUAUAGAAAUGGUUUCCCUUUCCCUUUCCUUUUCCUGAUUAAUUUUUAUUGAUUCUUUACAAUCAAAGGCCUCAAGAUUUUCACCAUCAAUGGAAACUCAAUGGGAGUUUAAUAAGAAUCAAUUUCCAAUUCAAUUCUUUUAAUUGUUUCAAUCCGAUUGGCAUAAUAUCGAUGAUUUUGAUCUUUAUAGUGACAAUUUUUUGCCAUCUCUUUGAUUUUUCUUUCUGGAAUCAUCUUGCCUUCGAGGAAAAGUAAAUUCCAAGUUAGAAAAUCAAUUAGGAUCCAUUGACUUUUAAAUAUCUGAUUCCUAUGGUAGAUAAUAUAAAUACGCUCAGACUGAAUUAUCUAAAUUAUCAAUUGGAAAUUUGGUUUGGUGGAGAUCGAAAGAUGAGCAUUGAUUAACCUUCAAGCUCUUAAUUGUCGAUUUAAUUGAUUAUAUUCCAACUGAUUUCUCAAUUCUGACAACCUGUAAUUAGCCAGUUAAUAGUUAAUUCUCAACGACGUCACUGGAAAAAAAUAUCAACACUUAUGUAAAGGAAUUAAAUUGACCAUUAACAAUUAAAUUAAUCAAACAAUGAACCUUGACAUGGAAUGGAAUUGGAAAAGUUAUUAAUCGUAUUGAAUUUCAUACGAGUUAAAUUGUUAUUUAACUUUUGUUGAUUAACGUAACAUAAUCGGUAAACUUGUUCACAAUUAUCAUUUAUCAAUCAUGUUAACAAUCAAUGGAUCAUCAAAUGCCAAUGUAAAGUUAAUUGUUACUUUAAUAACAAUUAUGACGUUAAUUGUUAUCAUUAGUUACCUUCCCAGUGUUUCUGGUUUAACUAUGAUUAAAUGUGAUUCUGUGAUCAAAAUAAUUAACGCAAUUUAAUCAACAAUCAGUUAAAUCAUCUUUUCCCUCAUUCCAAUGGUUCCUUAAUUGUUAUCCAAGAGCCUCCCCCUUGUGAGUUGAGAUCAUCUUGUAACUAUGAUUGGGAUUAAAUGUUUACAUUUGAUUCCUUACUUAGGAUUACAACGUUACUCUGUUUUGAUCUGUUCAUUAUUGUUACCAAUUAAUUUGUCUAAACAAUCAUUGGUCUCACAAUUAAGUGGAUUGUCAACAAUUAGAGGUAAAGUGAAAUCAACAACAACAACAACAAUUAGUUCAAAUAAAAUGGAUUCAAUUAAAGAGGUUGAUAUUGAUGAAAGAGGUAAAUUUAAGUACAUUUUGAUUACGGUUAAAGAUGAUUCUGGAGGUGAAAAGUUAAUUGUUCGUGGUUAUCGAGAUUGUGGUUAUCAUGCUGACAUACUGGAACGUGUACAAUCACAAUUAGUUAAAUUUAAUUGUGAUUCUCCGGGUGGUGGCAGAAUUUCCCAUGAUCCAAAUGAGAAAAAGCUUCUUGUCUAUGGAUAUUCAAUGGGUUUCGGUCGUGCUGAUCAUCAGAAAACUGUUGAAAUCUUAAAAAAAUCUUAUCCUGAUUAUACCAUCGAUUGGUCAAAUGAAGGUUAUUAAUCAAGGUGAUUUAUUUUUAAUUCUUUGGCCUCAGGAAGUAAUCAGCUAAUCCAUUACAAUUAAGUGAAAAUUAAGCCUUCCAUAAGCAUAACAAGUAUUGAAAGUGUGUGUGUCUUUUCAAACUGUAUUAAGAUGACAGUUAUUCAGAUAAUUAACUAAUUGUAAUUGAUUGGUUAUCAAAUGUCACAUGGUUAUGAUCACUUGUCAACAAUUUAAAUUGCUGCACAAUCUAAUAAAACUCAUUUGACAUGGGAA